AUGUCGGUCCUGGUGAAUGGGUCCCCAUCCAAGUCGUUCAAAAUGGAGAGGGGCUUAAGACAAGGAGAUCCUCUCUCAUCUCUUCUGUUUGUACUUGUGGUCGAUGUUUUGCAUAGGAUGUUGGGAGAAGCCGUAAGGAAUGGGCGCAUUGAUCCGCUGCUGGUCGGGAGAGAUCAUAUUGAACUGUCACAUCUCCAAUUUUCAAAUGAUACUAUUUUGUUUUGUCCUCCAGAGAUAGAGACUAUUGUGAAUUAUAAUAGGCUGUUGCAGUGUUUUGAGCUGAUGUCGGGUCUGAGCAUCAAUUUUGAUAAGUUGAAUCUAAUAUCAAUGAAUUGUGAGAAGGAGUGGGUGGAUCAUGUGUGUGGCCUACUGGGGUGCAAGCAAGCUGUCUUACCUGCUAGAUGCCUCGAGAUUUCUUUAGAAGCAAAUCCGCGCUUGGUGAAGACUUGGAAACUGAUCAUAGAUAAGGUGGAAGAGAAGCUCAACUUAUGGAAACCAAAGGUUCUAAACAAAGCAGAGGAGAUUUAUGUGGUGUAA